CAAUGUCUAACAGAUUAGAGUAACGGAUUGGAGUAUUCAAACCCGGGAGAAGUGACUGUUUUCAAUGUUUUUACACAGUUAUUAUUAGUUCUUUGGGAGAUCACAAGACCGCUACUUUUUGAAUUAUAUAUAUAUAAAAAUGCUAUAGACCAACCUGUCUACUUGACAAAUAUAUUAUAGGCUACAGAAGACAUUCUCAUGGUGCUCUCUUUAUUUGCUCCUACUGGAGUAAGGAAAAGGUGUUUGUAACAAGUGCCGAAUGUCACCUCCAGUUCCAAUGGAUUAUAACAAGACCAUGGCUCCUCCAGUGCCGCCGCACAAACACCAAACUACCCGGCCAGGCGAGGCUCAGGAGCGGGUGUUGAAGUGCGUACUACUCGGCGAUGGAGCGGUUGGGAAGACCAGCCUGGUUGUCAGCUACACAACAAAUGGCUAUCCAACGAAAUACGUCCCCACCGCGUUUGAUGACUUUUCAGCGGUGGUGCAGGUGGAUGGACACCCUGUGAGACUACAGCUCUGUGACACUGCUGGACAGGAUGAAUUCGAUAAGCUCCGUCACUUCUGCUACUCGCGCACCGACACCCUCCUCCUCUGCUUCAGCGUGGUCAGCCCUGCCUCCUUCCAGAACGUCUGGGAGAAGUGGGUCCCAGAGAUCCGCCGGCGCUGCCCGCUGGUGCCCAUGCUGCUGGUGGGAACCCAGUGUGACCUGCGCGAGGACGUCAAGGUGCUGAUCGAGCUGGCCCGCCGGCGGGAGAGGCCCGUGGCCGAGGUGGACGCCCGCGCCCUGGCGGACAAAGUGGACGCCGUGGCGUACGUGGAGUGCUCGGCGCUCACCCAGAAGAACCUGAAGGAGGUGUUUGACGCGGCCAUCGCCGUGGGGAUGAAGCACGCCGAUAGGAGGGCGCGGCGGGAGAGGAAGGUGCGCAGCACGGCCGAUAAGAUGAAGACACUGUCCAAGUCGUGGUGGAAGAAGUACUUCUGUAUUCCGUAGAGAGCAAAGAGGCGAGGAUAUUGACUCUGGGACUGGAAACGUGCUCGGACAAGCCUUUGUUGUUCAUAUGGAUUGAAGGACUUCUGUCUUAGCUCCGCUCACAUGACCCCACUUUGGUCGAGAUUAGGAUUGCAAAAUACCAGGAACUUUCAAUAAAUUCCCUGGUUUUCCCGACAUCCCAGUUGGCGUAUUCCCGAAAUCCGAAGGGAAUAAGCAGGGAAUCGGGAAUCUUCCAACUAGGAUUUCUGGAAAACCAGGGAAUUUAUUAAAAAGUUCCGGGAAUUUUGCAACCCUAGUCAAAAGGAAUGACCAAGGACCCACGGCUUAGUAGAGUGCGAGGAUGGACUGGGGACUGGGGGUGAGAGACACUGAUUGAUGGAUUGCAAAGAGACUGACAGGACUGGGCUCCAACCACUCCGUGUCUGCUUGGGCUGGUCUGAACUCUUAACGUCUGAGCAGAGUGCUAUCAGAGAAGAUCAAGGAGUAAACCCAUCAGCAUGAUUGUCAAUAUAAUGGAGCAAAGAGCGAGUUGAACUCUGAGCAAUAAUGACUUCUAUAUAAACUAAUGGCUGGGGAGGGGAAAAGACUGGGGUUGUCAUGUACUUUUAUUCUCCCUCGCAGGAAUUGGCCAAAUACGGCAUUAACAUUUUUAAAAAGAAUACUAUAUCUUAAUGUGCUGUAUGUAUUCCUCCUGUCCUUAUACCUUAUACAUGUUCAUUUCUUUUAUCCACCACUCUGUAAUCAAACAGCCAGUAGAUCUCAUUGGCAGAGCUAGAUGAAAAUAAACUGAGGGAUUAACAUGGAAUUAAACUCAAACCAAAUACCGCUACAAUACUAA